UAUUAUAAAUCACUUAUUUUAAUAAUAAAUUAUAUGUUCAUUGUAGAACCAUAAAUAUAAAUACAUUUAUUACUUACCUGUGCUUGAUUGUGUUUACUUAAAGUUAAAUCAACAUGUCUGGUAACGAUGAAUAUGUUGAUGUUAUGACAUCCAGUCCACCUCUUACAACUAAGACAACCUUACAAAGUUCAGGAAUGAAGAAAAAAAAAGUAAGAAAUAAUAAAGACAAUCCUGGAUCAAGUGAUGAAGAACGAUGGUUAAAAGCAAUAGAAACGGGUAAAUUGGACGAAGUUGACGAUGAAUUAAAGAAAAUUACAAAAAAGGAUCCAAAAAUGAUGACUGCUAGACAAAGAGCAAUGUUUGACAGAAAAUCUGAUAAGGAAUUCACUGAAGAACUGGUUGCAUUGCCUUCUGGAUACCGGGAAAAGAUAUUAACUCCAGAAAUGUUGCAAAAAAAAGCUAUUAAAUCACAAAAAAGAAAACAACAAGCAGACGAAAAAAGGGAAAAAGAUAAAAAACGUACCAUGGAAAGAUUGUUGAAAAAACAUGAAAGCAAAUCUAAAAUAAAUGCUAAAGGCCGAAUGGCAAGAAAGACUGUUAAUAAUAUUAUUUACAUUAGUAAAAAUGACGAAGUAAAUCUACUAUUUCCAGAAGGAGUUGAAUUUCCUCUCAAAAAAUCUUUAAUUAAACCUCCACCUGCUCAACAAAUGUGUGGGGUAGAUGGCUGUGAAAAUCCUAAGAAAUAUUCAUGUUCUCGAACUGGUUUACCAUUAUGUAGCCUACAAUGUUACAAUGAAAAUCAAUUAAAUAUUUGGAACACUGUAUGCUGAUUAAGCAUCUUUCAUAUUUUAUGAUGGUCUGGUUGGUGGUAUCAAUUUUCUUAAUUCGGAGUCAAUUUUGCGGUCAACCAACACUUUGAUCACAAAUUCACCUUGUUGAAAUGGUUUGAAGGUAGCUGGUACUAUAACAUAGCUAUUUAAAGUAGACACUACAAAUGUUUCUGAGAUCACUUGUUUUGCCUUGAAUUUUCCUGAACUACCUUCUGGUUCAGUACACAAAAAAAACUCAGCUCCUAAUGUUUCUUUUUGUUCAAAAUCAUUCUAAAAAAUAUGUGUGUAAUAUGAUAAUUUCAAAAUUUAAUAAUAAUAAUUAA